AUGGAGGCAGAGGCUUGGGAAGUCCUGCUUGGUUUAACAGUUGCAAGACAAUGUGGUGUGACAAAGCUUUUGGUUGAAAGUGACUCCAAAAUGCUUAUAAAUGCUCUGAGAGGAGAAGCAAGUGGGCAAGAUUCAGGAUGUAACAUUAUCUGGAGAUGCUUGCGUGAAGCUGAAAGAUUUCAGGAGUUGAAAUUCAUUCACGUUCUCCGUGAGGGCAACAAGGUCCCGGACUUUUUGGCUAGGGAGGCUUUCACACACCGGGUGGGUUUCCGAGCACAUACAGUAGCACCAGUUGAGGUUCAUGAGCUCAUUCGGCAUGAUCAAAUGGGUGCAGCCUUUGUCAGAAGCAUGUGA